AAAAAAAAAACAAAAAAAUAAACUAAAAAAAAAACAAAUUUGUUAAAAAAAAUUCUAACCAAAAGUGGCCUGCAAAACGAGGAGGAAGAAGCAACAAAAGAAGCAACCAAGAAAUGUGAUUCCCAGUGUGAAAUGUAACCAAAGACGUGAACAAUUCUGUUUGAUUAUUAGCCAAAGGAAAGCCACGGCCAAAAGCAAACCUAAAACCAAACAAAGUCAAGCCAAAAGCAGAAGCAGAAGCAAAAUCAGAAGCAAAGGAAGUGGCAAAAUCCAGUAGCCAAAUGGAAAUCAAGGAAUCCUCAAGCAAAUCAAACAGCAGAUUAGCAGCAGCAGCCACUAGCGUGGCCAAUGAUUAAGGGCCGGGACUGUUAGCCGUUCCGUAGUAAUCGUAGCAGCAUCCCCCCGUCCACCCACACGCCACUCGCCACACGCCACUCGCCACGCCACACGCCACGCCACGCCGCCUUCACCGCGCUCAAUGCCCGGACAGCAGACGUUAGCGCAACAAUUAUAGAGUAGCAACAGACCAGCAGCAGCCGCAGCAGCAGCAGCAGCAGGCAGCAGCAGACAACAUUCAUCCCCAAGACACAUCCCCAGCCACACCGCCCCACAUCAUCAUGGACAUCAAGAUUGAGCAGCAGCAGCAGCAGCAACAGCAACAACAGCAGCAGCAGCAGCAACAGCAAGUGGAGCUGGGUCCCUGCUCGCCGUCGGAGGUGCCCAAUGAUCCUGGCAAAAUGUUCAUUGGCGGCCUCAGUUGGCAGACGAGUCCAGAGAGCUUACGCGAUUACUUUGGACGCUAUGGCGAAAUCUCAGAGGCUAUGGUCAUGAAGGAUCCCACGACGCGUAGAUCCAGAGGCUUUGGCUUUGUCACAUUCAGCGAUCCAAAUAGCGUGGAUAAGGUACUCACCCAAGGCACACACGAGCUGGAUGGCAAAAAGGUCGAUCCAAAAGUAGCUUUUCCGCGACGUGCACAUCCCAAGAUGGUGACGAGAACGAAGAAAAUCUUUGUGGGCGGCCUCUCGGCACCCACCACCCUGGAGGACGUCAAGAGUUAUUUCGAACAGUUUGGUCCGAUCGAGGACGCCAUGCUGAUGUUCGAUAAGCAGACCAAUCGGCACAGAGGUUUUGGCUUCGUUACAUUUCAAAGCGAAGAUGUGGUAGACAAAGUUUGCGAAAUUCAUUUCCAUGAGAUAAACAACAAAAUGGUCGAGUGCAAGAAGGCGCAGCCAAAGGAAGUGAUGCUGCCGGCCAACCUGGCCAAGACCCGUGCGGCCGGCCGCUCUGCUUACGAUAACAUCAUGUGGGGUCUGGGGACAUUGCCCGAAGGCUUUCCGGCAGCUGCUUAUGCUGCCUAUGCCGCUGGUCGCGGAUAUUCGGGCUAUCCCUCCUUCGGACUCCCCUAUCCAACUGUUGAUCUAACCAAUGGGCAGCUGACACCCAACAACAAUACACCGCUGCUGACCCAGGCGUUGUCAGUGAUGAACAACUAUCAGGCGGCUGCCGCGGCCGCCCAUAGCUUUGGGCCGUCGGCAUCGCCGCAUGCCGCAGCCGCUGGCUCGGCCAACAGGCAGGGGUUCCCAUCCACCAACUCGCCCGGACCAACCAUUGACAUGUACAGCUCGGCCGGGGCCGACAAUGUGGGCUACGUGCAGGCCACCAGUCCGCAGCCAUCCGGCUUCCCCAUCGCCGUCAGCCGAGCCCCGUUAAACUACAGCCCGGGACCACUAAUUCCUGCGGCAUUUACAAAUGGAUACCAUUAAAAGGUGGCGCCGACAACCGCAAUGACAGCAGCAGCAGCAACACCAACAGCUACAACAACAACAACA